UUGGUUUCUAUGCAAUUAGGAACAACUUCCAAUUCAGAGUUAAAAAAUCAUGUGCAAGAACAUACAAGAUUUGUUGUUUGGAUCCAAAAUGCAAGUGGGCACUAACAGCAUCCAGAAACGGGCCAACAAAGUCAUUCAUCAUUCGAAAGUACGACAGAAAGGUGAUACACACUUGUGAUCUAAACAUCAGAUUUGCCGACAAGAGACAAGCUACAACGAAAUUGAUUGGAAACUACAUCAAGCCACGGUUCACCAACAUAAAAACAACUCAAACGCCACAAGACAUCAGAGGAGAAAUGAAACACAAGUAUGGGGUCAGAAUGAACUACAUGAAAGCAUGGAGAAGCAAAGAGCACGCGCAAGAAGAAUUACGAGGAAAAGCCAACGAAUCAUACAGGUUGCUGCCCGGUUUUUUGCACAUGUUGCAAAAAACUAAUCCCGGAACAAUAGUGCACAUGGAAACAGAGGAUGACAACAGCUUCAAGUACUUGUUUGUCGCACUGGAUGCAUCAAUAAAAGGAUGGAAGAAAUGCAAACCUAUAAUAGUUGUUGACGGAACUUUCCUUAAAUCAACAUAUGGAGGUACACUGCUCUCUGCUUGUACACAGGAUGCAAAUGGGCACAUUUUUCCACUAGCUUUUUCUGUUGUGGAUUCAGAAAACAACAACUCAUGGCAAUGGUUUUUCACAAAAGUGAGAGAAACAUAUGGGAUUAGAGAGGAUCAGUGCUUGAUCUCAGAUAGACAUGAGAGCAUAAGUAAGGCAGCUUGUCAAGUAUUUCCAGAAAUCACACAUUGCUAUUGUGUAUACCACCUGUUAAGCAACCUAAAAGCAACCUUCAAGAAGAAUGCAAGCAAGCUGGAUAAACCAUUCUUCGCUGCAGCCAGAGCAUACACAGAGAGGAAAUUUGAAUACCAUAUGAGCGAGUUGGACAGCUUGGACAUCCGUGUAAGACCAUAUUUACAACAAGUUGGAUACCACAAAUGGUCAAGAUACCACUGCAAAAACAACAGGUAUUCAACUAUGACUUCAAACAUUGCUAAAUCUCUAAAUGCAGCAAACUUGGCAGCUAGAGAGCUACCAAUCACAACACUGAUGGAGUCAUUGAGAGCAUUGAUUCAACAAUGGACAUACACAAACAGGAAAAAAGCACAGAAAACAACAACAUUUUUAACACCUACAGCAGAAAAGAAAUUAGUCGACAACUUUGUGGAAUCAUUGACAGAAAAUGUAAAACCAAUAAACGAGACCAUGUUCGAAGUCAUUGAACUAACCAGAUCAUGGGUCAUCAACCUCAAGGAGAAAACAUGCGGUUGCAACGAUUCCAACUUGAUGAGUUACCGUGUGCUCAUGCGCUUGCUGUUAUAA